CCACGUGGUCAAACCCGGAAGUUUUCAUCGUGCUCCUCAUAUGCCAACCUCUGUUGGGGGUCCGUUCAUUUAGCAGACAACUCGACGUGGUUUUAGAUUGUAUCCAAACGUGCUUUUUUAUGCCUCUCUGAAGAAAUGGCUCAGGAAGUGUGCAGCUUGAAGGCGCAGCUUGAGGAGAAAGAAAAAGAGAUCGCUCAUCUCAAGAAUAAACUGGCUCUGCUUGAAAAGAGCAACGCCUCAGUGCUGGAGCUCCAGGACAAAGUGACACCGCUCAAUCCCCUAACAGCCAAACCAGCACUCAGCAAUGAGGACAUCAUGCGCUACAGCAGACAGCUUCUCCUGCCCGAGCUUGGUGUAAAAGGCCAGCUGAACUUAUCUGGAGCAUCUGUGCUGAUUGUGGGCUGUGGUGGACUAGGCUGCCCACUCGCCCAGUAUCUUGCAGCAGCAGGUGUUGGGCGUCUUGGUCUGCUGGACUAUGAUGAGGUGGAGCUCAGCAACCUCCACAGGCAGGUUCUUCAUGGAGAGGAGAAUCAGGGCCAGGCUAAGGCUUUGUCUGCUGCUAGGGCAGUUAAAAGGUUGAACUCUACCGUGGAGUGUAUUCCCUACCAUCUGCAGCUCUCACCAGAGAACGCCUUGCAACUCAUUCAACAGUAUGACAUUGUGGCUGACUGUUCAGACAACGUUCCCACACGUUAUCUGGUAAAUGACGCCUGCGUGCUCAGCGGCAAACCUUUGGUGUCGGCGAGUGCUUUGCGAAUGGAGGGACAGUUGACUGUGUAUAACUACUGCGGAGGCCCCUGCUACAGAUGUUUAUAUCCACUUCCCCCACCUCCAGAGACGGUAACCAACUGUUCAGAUGGAGGGGUGUUGGGAGUAGUUCCAGGUAUAAUGGGCUGCUUCCAAGCCUUAGAGGUCCUCAAAAUUGCCUCUGGGCAAGCUUCUUCCUGCGGUCAGCAGCUGCUGAUGUUUGACGCUCAGGGUUUUAGGUUCAGGCCCAUUAGGCUGCGGCCUAAGCAGGCUGACUGCGCGGUGUGUGGAGAAAGCCCCAGUGUGACGCAGCUGAUUGACUAUGAGGCUUUCUGUGGGUCUGCCGCCACAGAUAAGUGUCGCAAACUUAACCUCCUGUCCAAAGAUCAGAGGAUCACAGUGCAGGAAUAUAAAUCGGUAGUGGAUAAUUUGGGACUUCAUAUCUUGCUUGACGUUCGCCCUCUUGUGGAAGUGGAUAUAUGCCACUUGCCCUUCUCUCUCAAUAUCCCCCUCUCCAGCUUAGAGCAGAGAAAGAGUGAAGAUAUCCAGUUACUUCAGCAAAGAAUCGUCCAACUGAAGCAGCAGAUGGCAGGUGACUGCCAGCCGCCAGUUUAUGUCAUCUGUAAGCUUGGUAAUGACUCCCAGAAAGCAGUGCAGGUACUGGAGAAAAUGAGUGGAUCAGAACUGGACAGUAUCACGGUUAAAGAUAUCUGUGGAGGACUUAUGGCCUGGGCAACGAAGAUCGACACAAGAUUUCCACAGUAUUGAUGCAAUCUAAUAUUAUUUGCUUGUAAUAAACUUUUAUGUUUUCCUCCU